CAACCAAGCGCUAGAGGGCCCAUGUCAAACCAGGCUGUUCAACAAUUCAGCCUGUGUUACUUUAAGUUCCAGCAUUCGGUCCAAUUUAUUUGCUUUGGGAAAACAAAUCGUUACGAAAUUAUCUGCCAGCCUCGAAGCAGGAACUAAUAACACAACGUGAUAGUACCGUUAGAAAGACGUGAAGCCACAAUGGAGAGUAUCAUCUUGGUGUUAUUCCUUUUCUGUUCGCUUCAAAUAGAGAGGUUUGAAGGCUUCAACAUCAAAAAUGUCCAUCUGGACAAAUGUAUCCGUGCAAACAAUGAGAAGACUAGAAUAUCUCUCACUGAAUGUAAUCCAGAUUCUGAGCAGCAGCAAUGGAGAUGGGAUUCCCGCCUAAACUCCAUAGUUAGCUUUAAAACUGAGCAGUGUCUGACAGUUCACAAAGCUAAUGAAUUUGGAACAGUGAAACUGGAACCUUGUGCCAGUGGUCAACAUCAGGCGUGGAUAUGUAGCAAACGGGGUCAUCUAACUCUUGAAGGUUUCAGCUUGCAUCUCAGCGUAAAGCACGGGACAAACAAAGUUCACAUCUCCCACGAAAAAGGCAAAUUAAGCAAGUGGCGAACUUUAAAAGAUCAAAUCAUCUGUAAAGAGGCUAACCAUAUUUGGCAACAUGAAGGUCAUCACAUCAAGGUUUCCGAAACUCAGACAGAAAAUAUUGAAAAAUUAAUGGACAUUCCUAUGGUUAAUAAUGUGUCUGAUGCUUCCUACCCUACUUUUGAAAAUAUCACACAAAUGAAAGAAAAUGAUAAAACUGUGAGAUUCAAAUUGAGUGAUGGUACUACUUGGAGGGUUACAAUGCUGAUUCUAGGUGCGAUAAUGUUGAUGCUGGGACUAAUUAUACUGCCAUUGAAUGUCCUUUAUAAUAAUCGAAAGAAGAAAUCACGUGCUGAAAUUGGUGCUGAGUCAGCUGAUGAGAAAACCUCCUUAACAACAGGAUUGAAACUGCAGCAUGAUGCUUCUCGCUCCCCAUCUUUAAGACAUGGAGAAAUACUGAUUGAAUGGAAAGAUGGCAAGAUAACACCUCUUUUCGAUGACAAUUAAGAUGCCAACUGUUAGAGUCUUAGGGAUUGGACCAGACCUGCCAACACUGGGGAAGUCCAGCCUCAUUCUAAAGUAUUUAUAUUGCGUGCAAAUAGGUUGAGUACUACAGAAGGAGACCAUUAUUUCAUUCAUGGAUAGGUGGGUGCGAAAGAAACCUCUUCUGGAAGUCAGUCCAUCAUUCCUGGAGAUUUGACUGUUUCAGUUCUUUGAAAAGUAACCCUGUGAGUGGCCUCAGACCUAAGGUGUUGCAUUUCGCAAAACAGUUUUCAUUUGUUGGGAAGGAAUAUGUUGUGGAACAGUCUUUUGAAAUCUGAAGUAUAGAAAUCUGAAUUAUAGCAGGAAGAAGGCUAUUUGGCCCUUCGAGCCUACUCCCCUAUUCAGUAGGUUCACAGCUGAUCCUCCAUCUCAAUGCUAUAUUCCUGCUUUCUCCGCAUUCUCCUGAUGCCUUGAAAAUCUAAAAAUAUAUCUAUCUCUUUCUCGAAUAUAUUCAUUGACUUUGUCUUUUCAGCCUUCUCUGAUAGUGAAUUCCAUAGGUUCCCUACACUUUGAAUGAAGAAAUUUUUCCUCAUCUCACCUUAAAUGGUCUAUCCUGUGUACUGAGACUGUGUCCCCUGUUUUAAACUCUCCAACUAGGAAAAACAUCCUCCCUGCAUCUAAUCUGUACAGUUCUGUUAGGAUUUAUGCAUUUCAAUCAGAUCCCCUCUCAUCCUUCUAAACUCUGUAGAAUACAGGCCCAGUUGAACCAAUCUCUCCUCGUAGGACAGUCCUGCAAUCCCUGGUAUUAGCCUAGUGAACUUCCAUUGUACUCCCUGUAUGGCAAAUAUAUCCUUUCUUAGGUAGGGUGUCAAAACUGCAUGCAACACUUGAGGUGUGAUCUCACCGAGGCCCUGUAUAGUUGCUGUCAGACUUAUCCAUUCUGAACUCAAAUCCUCUUGCAUUGAAGGCCAACAUACCAUUUGCCUUCCUAAUUGCUUCCUGCACCUGCCUGUAUAUUUUUUAUUGACUUGUGUAUAAGGAUACCUAGAUCCCUUUGUACAUUCACACUUCCCAAUAUAUCAACAUUUAAAUAAUACUCCUCCCACCAACAUAUAACUUCACAUUUGGUCACAUUAUGUGCAUCUGCCAUAUGUUUGCCCACAUCUUCUAAAUCACACGGAAGCCUCCACUCCACAACUCAUAAUUCCAUCUAGUUUUGUGUCAUCAUUAAACUUGGAAAUCUUAAAUUUCUUUUAUCCACAUUAUUUACUUACUUUAUGAAUAGCUGGGGCCCCAGCACUGAUCCUUGUGGUACAGUGUUAAUCAUUGCCUGCCACUCAGGGGUAAAAAAACAAUUUAUUUCUAUUCUCAGUUUCCUAUCUGUCAAACAAUUCUUGAUUCAUGCUAAAAUGUUAUCCCCAUCCCAUCUGCUUUGGCUUUGCCCUCUGACCUCUUAUGAGGAAUCUUAUCAAAAGCCUUCUGAAAAUCCAAAUACACCACAUCUUUGGUUCUCUCAUAUUUAUUCAACUAGUUACAUCCUCAAAGAACAAAAGAACAAAGAAAUUUACAGCACAAGAACAGGCCCUUUGGCCCUCCAAGCCUGCACUGAUCCAGAUC